GUUCAGCACCACACUGUGCGCGCUCUCUGCGCCAGAAAUAGUCCUAUUAGCGCGAACAACAUUAACGGGCUUACAGUGACAGACUCACACUUGAUCGGAUUUCCUGCUUUUGGCCCUUGGUCAUGGCGCCGCUUUGACAAACAGCAGGCCCUGCGUUUGGUUAGACCUCCCGCGGACCGAGUUUUACGCAAAGCGACCGAGGAGUUUGUUCGGGUAGAUUUCGGACUUUUCCCUCCGCGGGAUUAUUCCUUCAGACGGAGCGGCGAUGUUUUCACUCUUGUGCGGAUUUUUAUGCCUCGGCGCGCUAAUAAGCGCUCAGCCGGAUGAUGGGAAGCGGUACAUCUGCCGGGCAGUGCCCAUCAGCGGGGACGCCGGCUGCCCUGUGACUUUACUGCCCGACCUGAGCGCCGGGGGUCAGGAAGAGGAGCUCCGGAACACCGUCAUGCAGCUCCGGGAGACGAUCCUACAGCAGAAAGAGACGAUCUCCAAGCAGCUGGGCACCAUCAACGAGCUGACCACCAAGCUGUCCCUCUGCGCCGCGGCCACCACCGACAGGAAGUACGGAAAGGGGGCUUCGUGGGGGAAGGACAAGCAGAACACGAUGGGAGACGUCCCCACGGAUCCAAACGACUCCAUCGACAGCCUGGGGAAAACCAUGCAGGGGCUGAAGGAGCGGCUGGAGAACCUGGAGCAACAGCAAAUGAGGGCCAACUUAUCGGGCGCCUCGUUCCCCAGCGAGCUCCGGGACCUACUGCAGCGUCGGCUCGGGGAGCUGGAGAAGCAGCUUCUGAAGAAGGUCAGCAGCCUGGAGCAGGAGAAGAGCCAGCUGUCCAACGCCACGGCCGCCUACAGGCUGAAGACGGAGAGCACCCUGAACGCCCUGGUGGAGAGGAUCAGCGAGUUGGAGAAAGGAGGCGGAGACUUUAAGUCACCUGAGCAGUUUAAGCUGUCCCUCCCUCAGAGGACCAACUACCUGUAUGGCCGCAUCACCAAGACGCUGCCGGAGAUGUACGCCUUCACGCUCUGCAUGUGGAUCAAGUCCAGCGCCAGCCCCGGGGUGGGAACGCCGUUCUCCUACGGCGUUCCGGGCCAGGCCAAUGAGAUCGUGCUGAUAGAGUGGGGCAACAACCCCAUCGAGCUGCUCAUCAACGACAAGGUCGCCCAGCUGCCUCUGGAAGUGCGGGAUGGAAAGUGGCACCACAUCUGCAUCUCCUGGACCACGAGGGACGGCCAGUGGGAGGCCUACCAGGACGGGGAGAAGCUGGGGACGGGGGACAACCUGGCAGCCUGGCACCCCAUCAAAGCCGGGGGGGUCAUCAUCCUGGGGCAGGAGCAGGAUGUGGUCGGCGGGCGUUUUGAUGCUGGACAAGCUUUUGUGGGCGAGCUGAGCCAGGUGAACAUCUGGGACCGCGUCCUGAAGCCCGUGGAGAUCCAGUCCAUGGCAAACUGCAGCUCCUACCUGGCCGGUAACGUCAUCUCCUGGCUGUCCAGCAACGUCGAGGUUUUUGGGAGGGGGGCAUCCAAGCGCCCCCUGGAGAUAUGCCAGGAGCGGCUGCCGAAUUUCUAGAGCGUGAUCAGGCGGCCAUUGCUUUAUUGUUUCUGUCCGUCCAACAAAAGACGUCCACUAGACCCACUUCUCCUACUCUGAAGCCCUCCAGGACUUUACUGACCAUCAGCAGCAGGAAUGUGACUGUAUUUUCUUAUCAUCAUCAUCAUCAUCAUCAUCAUCAUCAUCAUCAUCAUCAUCAUCAUCAUCAUCAUCGUCUGUAUACUGGACCGCUCCUCCCAUCAGAGCAGAGCCGCUCUGCAAGCUGAACGCUUUAUCCAUGUCCAGUCCGGGUUUGGAUCGUGGUUCUGUUUCAGGUUAGUCGCUUAGGAUGUUCCAGAGAACAUCCAGGAACCACCAAGGUCCAAACCCGUCCUAAACUGGGAGAUGUGAUAAAACCAGAGUUUCUGUCCUUAACGAAGCAAAAUUAACGUAACAUGGGUCCAGAGGGCGCUCAGAGGGUUUGAAGGUUCCUGCAUGGACCAACUGAACCAGACAUGUUCUGAAGAAUGUUUCAUGUUUGGACCAGAUAAGGUUAUUCAGUAACAGUUAGACACGGUGGGGUUAGGGAGGAAUGAAGGUAGAGUAGCAUACCCACUGCCAGGCACGGUGGUGGCAGCAUCAUGCUGUGGGGUACAGGUGAGGGGAACACCGUGUUGUUGCUGAGGCAGGAAGUAGGCAGACAGACUGAGACACGGAGGAGGACAGAGGCAGAACCAGGAGAACCGGGAGAAUAGCGGUAGCAGAACAGGGAACCACAGCGACUGGAGAACACAGGAUUAAAUAAUGAGGAGCGAUGAUCACUGGAAACAUGUUUAGUUCUGGGUCAGGAAGACAAACCUAGAUGAGCUCCAGCGGUUCUGAUAAGAACGGCAUCGGAUCUUCUGCCAGAGGAGUUUAUUAACGGAUUUAUCCAGAUAUCAGUGGCUGUGUGUUUGGCAAUCUGAGCCUGUAUGUAUACUUAUGAACCUGAGAAAACUCACAUUAAAUUCAAACGUGUUAUUUUGAAAAUCUUAUUAUCUGUCCAUCCUGGAAAAAGAGAAACUAAAUGCUGAAAAGUCCAAAAUGAAUCUGACAUUGAUAAAAACAAAGGGAUCGCCGUGGCGCCGGUGGUCCCUGAGCCCCC